AUUAUGAAAUUUACACUAUCUCCAGUUCCUCCAAACAUUAAAGAUUUGCACAACAUUGACCUAAAGAAAUGGGAAGAGGAAGACACUUUUUAUCAGGAAACUCACAGCUUCCCUUCAAUGAUGGAAAAAGUGAAAGACCAACCGUAUGUAAUAUUUGUUGGAGUCCCAGGGUCAGGGAAAUCUGCCACUGCUCGUCACAUUGCUCUCAAGCUCAAAAGUGAAAAUUGUGAGGUUUUACCAAUCAAAGACAUUAGAAAGAUAGAGGAUUAUUGUGACCCCCACAAUCCACAGGUUUUUGUUAUCGAAGAUGCCAUGGGCGUUUAUGGCCUUCAACAGUCAGAAUUCAAUCUCAUUCUACGAUAUAAAGAGAAAAUAAUCAAUCCCACAUGUAAAGAUUCCAAAAUACUUAUGACUUGCAGAGACAUUGUAUUCAAUGAGAUAUCAUGUCACAAUUUUUUUUUAGCUAAAGAAAGCAAUGUGAUUAAAUUAUGUUAUUCUGAACAUGCCUUAAAUGAGCAUGACAAGAAACAGAUUCUCCAAGGGUAUGGUUUAGAUGAAGACUUGCUGACCCCUUCAGAACUAACAUCUGUAUCUCCAAUGUUUCCUCUCCUUUGUAAACUGUUUUCAAAAGAUUUGAAAUUCAGAUCUCAGGGUGCAAAAUUUUUCAUGAGGCCUGUUCAGUGUAUCAUAGAGGAAUUGGAUGAAAUGAAGUUUUUAAACAAACUAAAUUAUGCAACACUUAUUUUAUGCAUGAUGAAUGGAGAUGUGCUUUCAAAAGAAAUUUUGAAAGAUAAAAACAAUGUCCAAUUUAUUGAUAUGAAAUCUGAAGUGUUGGAAAGUUGUAGGGUAGAAAGUCACACAGAUACAUUCAAGUUUAUGGAUGCAUUGUCAGCAAUGGAAGGUACUUAUACAAAACAGUGUGGUGCACAGUACUCAUUUAUUCAUGAUUACUUGUACGAAAUCUGUGCUUUUCAUUAUGGUCAACAGUUUCUGGACAAAAUUUUACUUUAUAUGGAUAGUUGUUACAUUGCAAACUAUGUAAUACCAAAGAAUGUUGAAGCAACUACCAGUACCACAGGUGAGAAGUCCUUUGAUUUGUGUUUGAGGUUAAAUGAAGAUCAGUAUCCUUUGUUAUCAGAGAGGCUUUACAGAGAUAUACAGGAACUGGAGCUAUAUGAUGUCUUCAUGAAUGAUUCUUUGAAACAUCCUCAAGUGAUUCAGGCAUUCAUUGCUGUGUUGGAAAGAAAAUCCUACACCGAAUUGAAGUCUUUAUUCCUACAAAAGCAAGAGGGGGGCCUACCUUACUUAUUAAGUCAAGUGCGGGACUUGAUCAAGGAAACUCGGACGCAGACAAAUGAGGAGACUGAAAGAGAGAGACAGUGUGUGUUGAUAGAUGAGAAGUGGCAUUCUAGAACUUGUAUGCACAAUAUCAGAGUUAUCAGUUGGGUUAUUAUGUACGGACAUUAUCAGAUCCUGGAGUAUAUUUUAAAAGAAAUAAAGAAAAAUGAUGACGAUAUAAAAAGAGAAGUAUUUAUGGACACUCAAAAUUCUGAACAUCCUCAAAGUGAAAGUGAAGUAUUUCAUGACAAGAUUAUUAAUGAGAUAACAGAAAGUUCAAAUGCCACAAAGUUAUUAUUAAAUUGCAGGUAUAUAGAGCAGACCAGAUUACUUGUAUUGGCUUGUUACAGUGGUGAUGUGGAGACUGUGAAGGCAAUUCUUCCUCACAUGAAUAGAGAUUCACUGAACAGUAUAUGUCUGAGUAAUGCUCAUACACCACUGGUAAUUGGUUGUCAAAGUGGAUUUGCAAGUAUUGUAGAAGAACUUGUAAAUGCAGGAGCUGAUGCCAGUCAGCAAGAUUUACAUGGUAAUACACCACUGGUAACUGCAUGUGAAGGUGGACAUUUGAGUGUGAUGGAAAAACUAGUAAAUGUAGGGGUAGAUGUCAAUCAACCUGAUGGAAGAGGAAAAAGACCACUUGUAGCUGCAUGUCAGGGUGGACAUUUGAGUCUCGUACAGAGGCUGGUGAAGCUAAAGGCUGAUGUCAAUUUAAGAAAUGGAGAUGGGCAUCCAUCAUUAGUUUCCAGUGUUUAUCAAUAUCAUGUAGAGGAGAAAACAACUGGUAAAAAGGGACAACAUAAAUGAGAAUUUA